UCCUCCUCUUCUCUCUCUAACUAAAUAUCCAGCCCACACUGUUCCCUCUCCCAGUCUCUCACUGCCCAGGGACAGGGGCAACAUGUGAAGGAGGUGCAGGUGGGACAGAAAGUUGGGGUGCAGGGAGCCCUCCAGUCAUGCAUUACAAACCUGCAAGGGGUGCAGGCAGCAGCCUCGCUGAGGGGAUCCCCGGUUUUCUGUUCUGCCUCCCGGAGCAGUCGCUAGUGAAGUCGUCAGUACAUGGCUCCCUGCUUCUCCCGCUGACUCGUGCCAAGCUGGACCCCUCGGCUCUGUGUUGGGAGGCAGCCAGUACCCCAGCCACAAAGUCCCCCGAACUUCAACCUCCUGCCCCUGCGUGUGUCCCCCAGGACAAUGAGACAACCAGAGCGGAGCCAAUCAAACAUGGCAGCCGCAGAGAUGCCUCCACUAUCACUGACGUGUGCACUAGUAGUGACGUGCCCGAGGUGGAGAUCAUUAGUCUCCUGCAGGAGCAGCUGCCCCACUACACCCUGCGAGCAGACUCCAUGUUUGGCUAUGAGCAUGAUGAUUGGCUGCAAACUCCCCUCCUGCCCCAGGACCUGCCCCUCCAGCUCACCCCUGAGCAGAUAACAGAGACCCUCAACUAUUUCCUUCUGUGUUCUGAGCGCGUGGGACGUAUAACCAAGACCUACCGGGACAUUGAAGCCGUCACCAGUUUGUUGGAAGAGAAAGAGAGAGACCUGGAGUUGGCUGCUCGGAUUGGCCAGUCGCUGCUCAAGCAGAACCGAGAACUGACGGAUAGAAAUCUGCUCCUGGAGGAACAGCUGGAGGCAUCUAAAGAGGAGGCCAGUCAGCUCCGUCAUGAGGCAUCAAUGCGAGAGGACCUUCUUCACUUGUACAUCAGUAACAGCGAGAGUGAGCCUGGAUCUACCAUCUCCACCCCGUUGCGUCGCAAUGAAUCCUCCUUAUGCCUUCAGCACAACAUCCAGCUGGAUUCCCUGCAGCAAAAACUCAAGUAUCUGGAAGACGAGAACCAACACAUGCGUUCCGAGGCCAGCGACCUUCUCAAUGCCACCUGUGACUAUGAAGAACAGGAGAGUUCCCUGAUGUUGGACUGUGUCGAGCAAUUCUCGGAGGCCAGCAGGAAUGUGGCAUUGUUGGCAGAAGAGGUGGCACGGAGAGGGGAUGAUGUGGCUCGGCAACAGGAGGAGAUCAGCCAAUUACUGGCACAGAUUGUCCAUCUACAGCAAAAGUGUCGCAAUUAUCUCACAGAAAACGAGGAGCUGCAGCAACAUCUCAGCGCUACUAAGGAGAGGGAGCAAGAACAGAAGACUCGGCUGCAGGACCUGGUAGAGAAACACAAAGAGUGUGAGGACAUGUUGCACGAGGCCCAGGAAGAGCUGAAGAACCAGCGCAACCGCAGUCUUCCCAACAGCACCGUCAGCAGAUACAGCACCCUCAACAUCUUCCCACUGGAUUCUUUGGCUGCAGAAAUUGAAGGCACCAUGAGAAAAGGGAUGGAUGCCUCCUCAGAACUCAAGAGCUAUAAGAAAGUCUUUGAGACGGUGAAAGCAGCCAAUCAGGCGGUGAGGGCCAGAUCCCGCUGCCAGUCACCGAUUGGCUCCCGUGCUCCAUCUCAAAGACCCUCAGCCGCCCCCAGCCGUGUUGGCACCCCACCCAUGAGCUUCUGUGAGAUGGAAGGUUCCAGUUUAAUGUUCCUGGAGGAAGAGACUCUGUUACCUGGGCCAGAGGAAGAUGCUUGUAGUGCCGGAGAGAAGAAGCUGGGGAGGCCGGGAACCCCUGGAAGUCAAGACCUGGCAGCUGCUCUCCAGAGGCUCCAUGCUCAAAGGAAUUCUAACUUCUCUGAGAAUAUAGAUGAAGAGUGCGAGUUCAGGCUUCCAGGAGAUGGAGAACUCUCCAGUGGGCUCCUCACCCCCAAUGAAAGUAUUUUGUCCACAGGCACCAAUUAUUCCGGCAUCUCGGAGGUCACUGGCAGCUCCAGUCUGUCCUUUGGCUCUCGGUCUGGUCUUCCGGAGAAGCUGCAGAUAGUGAAACCACUGGAAGGCUCCGCCACACUCAUGCAUUGGCAGCAGCUGGCUAAGCCCAACCUGGGGGGUAUCCUGGACCACAGGCCUGGUGUCCUCACCAAAGACUUCUUGGAAUUAGACAUUGAUCAGCAAGAUGUUUAUAACCUUAAUGAUAUCGAGGAAGAUGAUUUGGAGCCCAUCUCCUUCCAGGCUUUGGCCUCAUCCACUCCAACAAAAAGCAAAGACAGGAAUGGCUUGUUCCAUUCUGUUAACAACCUCCCUCAGACCCCGUCUACAUUCACCAUCACCACCUGCCGCAAGUCCCUCCCUAUGCAGGACAUUACCAUGGUCACAUCCAGUCUUCGCAAUACAGUUCUUCCCUCAUGUAGAAGCUACGAGAGCCUGAGUUCACUCAGUUUGGAGCCCCAAAGACAAACGCCAAAGAGCUCACCCCCAUCCGACCAAACAGACUGUGGAGAAAGCACCCCCUUGGGACUGGUGACCCUCCUGAAGGAACACGGCAUUUCUGCAAACGCAGUCUCCACUGAGAAGGAGGCCGCAGUAGCCCAGGCAGCGACUCACAGCAGCCGACCGAGCUUCUUACAGUUGGGCUGGAAGAAAACUUUGGGGAGUCUGGGCUUUGCCCUUAUGGACAGUGUUUCUGCUAAAACCACUUGUGACUCUGUUCAGAAGCAGAAAAGCAACUUCAGCCUCAAUCUAGUGGAGCAGCUGAGGAGGCUCGGACUGAACCAGGUGGUGGAACGGGCUGCAGCCUCCCUGCAGAAUCCAGAAGAGCCCAAACUGCCUCCGAGAUAAAGUCCACCUAUUUUAUUAGACCUCUGUGAACUGUCAGCACUGAACUUCUUUAUUGCCUCAUAAAUAAUAAUAAUAAUAAUAAUGGGGGCUGUUUUUAAGUAAAGACAAGAAUGAGAGGAGAUGACAAUGUUGGGAGGCUGAUUGAUCAGCCAGGGGCAUUUCUGCUUUACUGUAGCCCCAUAUAUAUCUGGAAGCCAUUAAAGCAUGGAGGCUGCUAAACCCACGUAACCUUAAAUUCUCACUAUACCACUCAUUAAAUUGGCUGGAGGAGAAUGCUGGGAGAUGUAGUCCCUUGGCUGGAGGCCGCUAUAUAUAAACUCCCUUUAUGUAGUCCCAUACACUGAAGCUUCUUGGAGGUGCAUCUGUAGCCCCCCCUUGCACUGCAUUAUUGGUCGACAAUAUCCAAUACAUUAUUGAGAUCCAAUUUUAAUAAAGCCAAGUUCCCUUUAACUUAAUAUGCGACAUUAUUGUUCUAUCGACAUUGGUCAUGUGACCGUAUGAACAUUCCAACAAACCCCUUUAAAUAUAAUGUGCCCCCAUGUGCACUCGUUGUUUAUUCCUUCUCCCCCAACUUCAGCUUGAUUUGGGGGUGCCACACAUUCACAUUUACCUUCCACCUUAAUUGCACAGUUGCAAUGAAUGUACCUCAAUAGUCACCCCCAUUUAUUCAGAUAGAUAAAUAAUGGGGGGCAGUGGGGUUUCGGUUCCAAAGAGAGAGAUGGUGGCCGGGGGGGGGAAGAUAGGGAGAAAAAGUGCUUUUUAUGUGACGCAGCUGGGGGGGGGCAUACUCAGUACAAUGUGGGACUGAUGUAAAUAUUGACAUUAUUGACAAUAAAUCUUUAUUUCUCAC